CAGGCAGUGGAUAACUUGCUGCGGUGUGGGAUAUGCUUCGAUUACUUCAGCAUUGCCAUGAUCAUCCCGCAGUGUUCGCACAACUAUUGUUCCCUUUGUAUACGCAAGUUUUUGUCCUACAAAACUCAGUGUCCAACAUGCUGUGUGGCAGUCUCAGAAUCUGACCUGAAAAAUAACCGGAUGUUAGAUGAACUAGUAAAGAGCUUUAAUUCUGCAAGACAACAGCUGUUCCAGUUGGUCUUGGAUACUCCACUGAUUUCAUCUCCAUUGGCCUGUAGCAGGCAUUCAGCUGGCAAAAGCCACAUUAGGAGUUCUACAGUUUUAAAAGAAGAGGUGCCAGUGAUCGACAGUUGCUUGACAAAGGAAGAAGUUUGCACCUCAACAAAAGCAGAAGGCCUGGCAGGAUCAGAUGAAAAGAUUUUGAAAACUGAGGAACACCAUGACCUUUACAGCAGUUCUGCAGAGGUUGAUGGUAAAGACAAUGAAGUGGGAUCACAAGAGAGGCCUGAGUGCACCAAAACUCAUGAAAAACCGUCUACAUCUGUGGUAAAAGUAGUCAAGAAAGUGGAUUGUCCUGUCUGUGAGGUUGCUAUUCCAGAAGAAUACAUAAACAAACAUCUGGAUACCUGCUUAACAAGAGAAGAGAAGAAGGACUGCCUCAGAAGUUCUGCUCACAAAAGGAAACCUAUGUCUAAAGUUGUUUACAACUUGCUGUCUGAUCGUGAUUUGAAGAAGAAACUGAAGGAACAUGGUCUGUCUACCCGUGGGACCCGGCAGCAGCUGAUUAAAAGACACCAAGAAUUCGUGCACAUGUACAAUGCUCAGUGUGAUUCUCUAAAUCCCAAAUCAGUUGCAGAAGUUGUUAAAGAGCUGGAAAACAAUGAGAAGAUUCGAGUUCAGCUUGAAUUGAAUAAACCUGGUGAAAGUAGGUUGACCUUCACAAAGGACCAGACAGAGGAAGAAAUAGAUGAGAUCCACACAGAUUAUCGAAAGAAACACAGAAGUGAAUUUAAAUUUUUGGUGGAUCAAGUAAAUAAUCGAUGGAAGAAAAGCGGUAAGAGGAAAACAGAAAGUGCUCAAAAGAAGGAAGUCGCUACUGUCAAAGACUUGCCAGCGGCCACAGAACAUAAGGAAGAGCAUCACACAGCUGUUGUCCUUGGAAAAGCCCAGAUACUCAAACCAGAUACUCUUGAUGACAAAACAAGUGAAUUUCCUUCCUUGGAGGAAGGCCAGAGAUCAGCCUCUCCUACAUUCUCACUGUCAUCUGGAUCAACAAGCAGCUCCAGUUCAGACAUUCUGAGAGAUCUGGAAGAGGCUGAGAUUCGUUCAGCAUCCUCUGACAACACUUUCAUGGGUCCGAGAGUUAACAAAAGGAAGUCGCAUUGGCCCCACAUGCUGGGAAAUGUUCAACUGCUUCCCAAGAGCAAGCGGAAGAAGAGCUAG